UUAGUUCAGUUUAGAAUGCGUUCGCUAGUGUUUGGUCUACUUUUCAUAGUCCUUUGUGUGGGUCUAACUCAUGCUGAGACGACAGAGGAGGAUCUCCUUGUGAGUCCUAGAUAUUGCCUGAAGGAGAUAACAAAAUCCGAUGAACGUAUACGCUCCCAUGGCUAUCCGGCUGAGACGCAUGAAGUGACAACCGAAGAUGGCUAUGUGUUGACCCUGUUCCGUAUACCCUAUUCCCCCAAGCUGAAGAACCAGAAUGCAGAACGUCAGCCAGUGUUCUUGCAGCACGGUCUGUUCAGUAAUUCCGAUUGUUUCCUCUGCUCGGGUCCGGAUAACUCUUUGGCAUAUUUGCUCGCCGAUGCCGGUUACGAUGUCUGGCUAGGCAAUGCCCGCGGCAAUAUCUACUCGAGAGCCAAUACCUUGAUAUCGCUGAAUAGCUACAAGUUCUGGCACUUUGAUUGGCAUGAGAUUGGCACUAUUGAUUUGCCCGCCAUGAUUGAUUAUAUCCUCGAUUUGACUGGCUACAAGCAAUUGCACUAUGCUGGACACUCGCAGGGUACCACUGUCUAUUUGGUAAUGCUGACGGAGAGACCUGAAUAUAAUGCCAAGAUCAAAUCGGGUCAUUUGUUGGCUCCUUGCGCCUUUUUCGAGCAUGGCAAGUCGUUCAUCUUCAAUUUGUUGGGUCCUCUGGUAGGUACACCCGGUGGUGUUUGGAAUCAAUUGCUUGUCGAUUCGGAAUUGAUCCCUCACAACGAUCUAGUUAAUCGUGUUGUGGAUAAUUCCUGUAAUGCUGCCUCAUCUAUAUGUAAAAAUGGUUUCAUGCUCUUUGCCAAUGGCGGCUAUGAGAAUGCAAAUGUGUCAUCCAUGCAAGUGUUGAUCGAAACUCAUCCGGCUGGUUCGUCUAGCAAUCAGGGUAUACAUUUCCUUCAGCUAUGGGCAUCGCAUGAAUUCCGUCAAUAUGAUUGGGGCACCAAGAAGAAUAAUGAACUUUAUGGCCAGGAUUUGCCACCAGACUACGAUCUUAGCAAAAUCACAGCCCCAACUCAUUCGUAUUCCAGCAACAAUGAUGCCCUCUGCGGACCCAAGGAUGUCGAUACAUUGGUGUCCAAAUUCACCCAUUUGGUAGAAGAUCAUCGUGUGCCCCUUCAGAGUUUUAACCACUUGGAUUUCAUCAUUGCCAGGAACAUGAAGGAGCUGGUCAAUGAUUUGAUUGUCGAAAGAGUGCAGUCCUAUGAUUAAAUUUAAUGAUAACGAAAUAAACGGAGAACUGCAUUAAAA